AUGUACGAGACAAGUCCUACUAUGGAGCAAGCGCAGCACUGGCCCAUGCAGCAACCCUUACCCACGCCAAUCGACCAGUCAAGCCAUAACGAGCAGGAUAUCUAUGAUGACCAAGAGCUCAUCGUGGACACCGCGAGCCUUCCUCAAUUGGACACUAUCGAAGCAGACCCAGGCAUUGAAGAUGCUGUUCACGAGGAUGAGGCAAUCCCAGUCGACAACCACCCAACUGUUCAGUCCUCAGCGACUGAGAACACCACAUCGCUCAGUCCAUCUGCCUCCACAGAGAUUGGCCCAAGCGAGCCUCUUGCCCAUGAGGUUGGUAUGCUGUCACUGGCCAACUCCAAGGAGUCCAAAUAUCUCGGCCCUUCUUCGGGCGUACCCUUUGCGCGCCUCAUCUUCUCAGCCAUACCUCAAUCUCAAGGCUUGUCAGUGAGCUGGUCAGCCCCAGAAGGAGGGACAGUGGCGCGGAAACCUUCGCCUGCCCAUCAUCCCUUUCCACCUCAUUGGACGUCUGAAGUCGACUUGCAGCAUUUUGCAGACGCAUACUUCCAAACUCUCCAUCCCCUAUACCCAUUCCUUGAUGAGGAUAGUAUCUCUGACAACCUAGAUUGUCUUUACACAACUCAAAAGGCAGGGUCUAUGCAAAUGCCUCCUCUAGCAGAGGUUGAAGCCUCGCUAUCCCCGUUCCAUUCAGUUCAAGUAUUUCUUGUUCUCGCGUUGGGUGCUCGAAUCUUGGAGUCUCGGCUCUCCGUAGAGUUCUCAUCUGAGAGGUAUCUCGCCACAGCUAUGCAACGGAUUGGCACCCUGGCUUUGCAUGACAGCAUAGAAGGACUACAGAUCAUGCUCUUGCUAGCCUUGACCAGCUUCUACUUCGAAGAAGGGCCAAACGCAUGGUUCCUUGUGAUGAACAUCAUUGCGAGCUGCUUGGACUUGGGCUUCCAAAGACGUGGGGUUGACAUGCACCGUCAUUCCCCUUUAGCAAAGCCUAGCACUGCUCAUAUUCGUCUCAACCUGAGGCGAGGCAUCUUCUGGUCUGCUUACUCACUAGAGAGAACAUUAUCAGUCGUCCUUGGACGUCCUUUGACCCUUCGAGACGAGGCUAUUGAUAUAGAGUUUCCUGGCCAUGUAGGUCGUCCUGGAGAUCAUGCAGGGGACUCUGUCGGCAGCAGUGCGUUGACACCAGAGAGCGCUCGCUCUCCGCACCACUCAACAAAACGGGCAAGGGUCAUGGUCAACCCGUAUGCAGCUGCACAGUACUCUUUCAAAUUCGACCAAAUUACGGCUGAAAUCAAGCUGAUGAUAUACCGUGUCGUCAAUCUGCCGAACAGGUUCCCGUGGCCUACGGACUUCGACACCUGGCAGCCGGAUGUCCGCAAGCGCUGCGACGCACUACUUGAAGGGCUCAAAGCUGAGUUUCGUCGGGGCUUUCGGCGAAGUACUUCGGAUGGUGUCGUACAAAAUCUCGAGCUGAAGUACCAUCACUGCAUCAUGCUUCUCUACCGUCCGUCACCCGCCAUCACCAGGCCAAGUUUCGACUGCUGGAAGAUUUGCUACGAAAGCGCCGUCGCCACGAUACUGAUCAACUCCGAGCUACACCGGUUCUCGAAACUCUCAAACAGUUGGUUGACAGCACAUACGGUCUUCGUAAGCGGUAUCACUUUUCUUUACUGCUUAUGGGUGGUGCCGAAGAUCAAGCAAGAGACGUCGCUGGUGGCAUUCAAGAGCAACGCAGAUGCGUGCAGCAACCUCUUGAAGUACCUCGCCAAGACAUGGAGUGUGGCUGCCGAUGCUGUGUUGAAGUAUGAGAGGCUUGUUCAUCUGACGACGGAGUCAUGGAAAGCUGCAGCGAACCGACCGCCUAGUGCAGAAGUCGCGGCUGGCCAGUCUCUCGUGUCAAUGGCACAGGGACAGGAGACGGAAGCCAGCGAGAUCACGUCUGCACCGGUCAUGGACCCAAGCCUCUAUACGAUGGAUGCAAACAUGGGCAUGGGAGGAGAAUUUGAGGCUGACUCAUUUUUCAAUGAGCUGGGUGAUAUGAGCUCAUGGUUUGACCUUAAUUGGCUUUUGGACGCCAGUGCUGGAUUUAGUUCUACAGAUGAUCCAGCAGGUCCAGCAUUGUUUUGA